GGUUGUUUCAGCGCUAUAUCUCUGUGCUGUGCGGCGUCUCAUUGAUCAGCCAGCCACCCACAACUUGUAAAAGAAAUCUAGGAGACUCUAAUAAUAAGGAGAUGUCGUGGCAAGCUUAUGUCGAUGACCAUCUGAUGUGCGAAAUUGAUGGCAACCGUCUCACUGCUGCAGCUAUCCUCGGCCAGGACGGCAGCGUUUGGGCCCAGAGCGCUAACUUUCCUCAGUUAAAGCCUGAAGAAGUUACUGGCAUCAACAAUGACUUCAAUGAACCCGGUUCACUUGCACCAACUGGGCUAUAUCUUGGUGGGACAAAGUAUAUGGUGAUCCAAGGGGAGCCAGGAGCUGCCAUUCGAGGAAAGAAGGGACCUGGUGGUGUUACUGUCAAAAAGACCAAUAUGGGAUUAGUCAUUGGUAUCUAUGAUGAACCAAUGACUCCUGGACAGUGCAACAUGAUUGUCGAGAGGCUUGGUGAUUAUCUUGUGGAUCAAGGUCUUUAGUUUAUUUGUAUGUCUGUUAUUUGUUUCAAUUCUUCAUGGUUUCUCUACAAACUUGCAUCUUCUGAGCUGCAAUGUAAUAAUAUUUAGAUAUCUCAAAGUCAUGGGGGGUCUGUGUGGAAAGAAAAAGUUUGGUGCCUGUGAAAUUGAUGAAUAUGAUGCCUUACUUUGAUGUAUUAUUGUCGUUGUCAAGUGAGUUACCUUACGAACGUUAUAGUGGAACAUAUCUAAAGGAUGUGUUGAUUUGAUUGUUAUAAAAAUUUAAGUAUUCUUGUUUUCU